UAAUAAUAAUAAUAAUAAUAAUAAUAAUAAUAAUAAUAAUAAUAAUAAUAAUAAUAAUAUCAGAGGGACACAAAUGGGGGAUGAAAUUAUUCAGAAUGGAGGUGAUGCGGCAACAAACAAUAAGCACAGUAUCUUUUUUAGCGCAUGUUUUAUUUCUGACGGAUGUGUUGUUUGGCAGCAGAAUGGAUCAGGACGCUAUCGGCUUGAGUUUGACUGUUAUGUACAAGCACUAACGUACCUUCUUGAUCAAUAUCCAGAAGAGGGAAGAGCAUUGUUUGAUUCACGAGGUGGUGGUAUACUUUUCCCAACCACACAACUGUUAGAGUUGGCAGUGUUAAAACAUGAUAACUACAAUGUAGCUACUAACCAUCGUGGGAAGUGGAAUGUAUACGCUUUAUUAGGAACGCUUACAUCACAACUUAUUGGAAGUUUUUAUCAAACAUUAUAUACUGAGGACCGUUCUUUAGGCGAAGCUCGUGCUAUUCUUACAGUUAAUGAUGGUUUACGUUCAAAUCAAUUACUUAUUCAGCGUCAGGCAAAGAAACGAGGAGAGGCAUGGCGAAAUGCAUGUUUGGACGCGUUACGAGAAAAUUUUCCUAAUCAAUACCGUGAUGCCUUGUUAUUGCAUCCUGAUAUUGACCUUUCUGGUGAUACAAUGGCUCGUGGAAGUAAGUACCGUGCCCUUCCACGUGAAAAACGAGUGGAACAUAUAGGAAAUAUAUUUUCCCUUGUUGCCGCCUUUGCUGAAGAAGAUUUAGGGUGGUAUAACUUACGUGUUCGGCUCCGCAACGCUUCAGGAGAUUUAGGUCUUCCACAGUGGGUGGCAGAGAUGGAGGCACAGAUUGAAGGUGAGGAACAUCGACGAGUAGUAGCUAUUUCACCUCCAUAUUCACAAGUAAAACAUGCCAGACGUGUUCUCGUAUAUCAAGUAGCAAAGAAAUACUUUCCUAAAGAAUUAGAAACAUAUGCGAAGCUUAAUCGUGGGGAUGCAGGUAAUCCUGACCAAGACGCACGGAAUCUUGAUAAUACAGUGUACCGAGCAGGAACAGAAUCAUUUUUGAAUCAAGUAAUUUCCCUUCUUGAUGAACAGGCACCAGGCAUGGCUCCCUUUUCCUGGACACUCGAAGAAUAUAUGGAUAGUGACACUCAAGAGAGUAGCAAUGAUGGUAGUGUGGAGUGCCUUCUUAGGCCCUUCAAUCCACGUUUCCGUGCUGUAGUUUAUGCUCAAAAUGGUGACUUACUUAUCGCUGAGCGUGUUGGUGACGAAGAUGAGAGUGCUGUAUGUGUCCUAUGUAGUGUUCUUCGUGCAGCGACCAAUCGCCUUGCUGGUGAUAAGGGCGAGCAGCUCUGGACGGAGUAUGAGUGCCACGCCCCACCGCCUGUGAGCUCCACACGUGAGCUCUCCCUGUACCUCUUUAACGCCUUCUUCGGCAUCUCCACGCUGGGCCUCGUGGAGGACGGCGAGGCGGGAGUCGCGGCGCUGGAGCCGUCGGUGGUGGACAUCGAUGCCCGGGCGCUCGGGGGCUUUUGGUUCGCGACCCUCGCCCUCCCGCGGGCUGGCGGCCUCCCCAUCGCCCGGGCAGUCGCGGCGGGCCGGCGAGAGGCCGUGCGGGACGCCCUCCUCCUCGCCUGCCGUCGGGCCUUCCCGCGACCUCUCCGCUAUCUCGCCGCCCACUCCCGUGAGGCGGGACCCGUCGCCGCCGCCAUCAUCGACGCUCCCGUCGUGGAUAACCUCCCACCACCAGCCCAGCGCGACCUCAGACGCACUAUUGAACGCGCAGAACUCGCAGGACCACCAAGGCCCUACACACUAUUGACACGCGCCGUCACACGCGAUUAUCGAGGCGAGCGAUGGCUCCGGGUGGAACAGCAACCAGGAAGCGGGGGUGGAUUCCAGUGUCGUAUAUACCUGCAGCAUCAUCGCCGAGAGGCAAAGAAGGGAGAGGUGCAGCUUAUCGGGUUCGGUGCGGCCCUUAGUAGGGCACAGGCACUUCACAUUGCAGCCAUAUGUGCUUUGGAGAAUUUGUUCGAGGAGGACCUUGCGGAAGCUAUCGCACGCUCCCCAAACUACAAGGAUCUGCCACCAUUGGAGUAG